CUGAUUUUCAAAAAAACUGACUAUGUGCAGUGUUCUUUCGUUACGCAUAUAAAACAGAAUCUCCGAGUGCUACCUACAUUUUGAUUUGUGCAAUGAACACAUAUGUACGGAUCAUUUCUACAGAGCGUAUAUCGUUAAACGUGCAGUAGAAAUUAUGUAAAAUACAAAAGAAGUAUAAAAUGGGCGACUCGGAUUCUGGAUCAGACGCCGAGUAUGCGGGGAUCGAGCAGCCGCCCAUCAUCGACCAGCUCAGGCGUAUCCUGGACGAAUACAGGAAUGAUGUACAGAUCAUAAAGGAGCUGGUACAGAACGCAGACGAUGCGGGGGCGUCCGAGUUACGGGUACUUUACCAAGGAGAAACCUUUAACCAUGAGCCUCCAACCCGCGGUGAUCGCUUCCGGAAAUUCUUCAAGGCACCGGCUCUGGUUUUCUACAACGACGCUGAGUUUACCGAGGACGACUGGCGGGGCAUCCGACAGAUAUAUGCUAGCAUCAAGGCUGACGACCCGAUGAAAAUUGGAAAAUAUGGCCUGGGAUUCAAAUCCGUCUUUCAUUUGACAGAUCAUCCCUGCAUAGUUAGCGGUCAGAAGAUACUUUUCAUCGAUCCUCAUGAGAGAAAUCCAGGAAAGGUCUGUGUCACUAUGAAAUUAAAUAAACUACGAACAUGGCGUCGACUUGACAUAAACAUUUGCCUUCGCGCUCUUGACGGUCUAUUUGGGUUUGACAGUGAUACUCUAGACAGCGGGCGAUUCCCGGGUACCUUGUUUUGGUUUGGCCUAAGAACUGAACCAAACAAACUUUCUGAAAGCAUAUGCGAUGAAAAUCAAGUGGAACGACUUAUGCAAGCAUUUGUCGAUGAAUCAAAGAGAAGCUUACUCUUCCUAAAGACGAUUUGCAGAGUGAAGAUGUUUGCGAAUACAUCAAAAGAAAAAUCACAACAUGUGGCUCCCGAUUCAUCUCGAAUUUUAAAUCAAAUGUACAAAGGCAUUGGCACCCCAUUCUGUCAAGUCAACAUUGAUAAUGAAAAGGGGAACCUGCGACACCAAAGAAAAGAAAUGUUGGCGGAAGUGUCUGAGAUAGGAAGAUCGAUACCAGCUGAGUCUAAAAUGUGGACUGAAACUGUCACAGUGCAGACGGAGAUUUUUGGCAAUUGCACUGUGUCAAAAUGGUUUAUGAUUAGCUUUAUGAAAGGAGGCGACGUGUCGGAACGAUUUAGGACAUUACUGGCCGAUGAAGACAUUUGCAAUCCGCAUUUAGUUGGACUCGCUUCUCCUAUUGUGGAGAAGGGAGAGUACAAUCGAAACAAAGGCCACGUAUUUGUAUAUCAACCUCUACCGCAAGAGUCUAGCGCGGUGACCGGACUUCCUGUGCAUGUGAAUGCAUUUUUCGUGCUAAGUCAGAAUCGCAGGCAUAUACGAUGGCCGGAUACCGAUAACGAAGUUGUGGACAAGAAAAUUGAAUGGAACUUGAAGUUGGUGUCUGAAAUUCUACCACACGCAUACGCAAGUUUGAUAAAGGAGAAUGUCCGGUACUGCAAAAACAACGGAUGCAAGGCACACUUAGUUAAGGGUAUCUGUAAUUCAAUACCCGAUACCAAUCUAGUUAAUGAGAGAUGGCUAAAACUGUGUACUGAGACACUGCGUUUGCUUUGGAAACAGCCGAUACUAAGGACGCUAAAUUUAAGUUGGAUAGAACCAAAGAGUGCUGUGUAUUUGUGCAUGAACAAGGUCCCCAAUGUUCCACAAAGAGUUUGGGAGCAUGUUGUUUCAGUCUUCAUGGCCGACAACCCUGCGCUUACCGACGUUAGCUAUCAUGUUGCGGAUUCGUUUGAAGGAACUCACCCAGGAAAAUUGUCAUACUUAACACCUGCUCUUUUGCGCAACAUCCUGUUAGCUUACGAAACCUACAAAUCUCGAGACAAUGAAGUAAAAUUGAGCCUGCUCCACUUCCUUUCAGUUGACAAUGAUUUUACUCGAUUCGAGUCUCUUGAACUUUUACCACUGGCCGAUUCAACAUUCACAAAAUUCGAGAAAACAGCUUCUUCUGUUUACGUAGAGGAUCAAGAUACAACCAAACUGUUCAGUGACCAAAGCGAAAAGUUUCUCGAUGUACAAGCCUUUGAACAUCACAACACUUUGUUCAAAGACUUGGAAAAAACGGGCCUUUUUCAACUAAAACACCUAGACACUACCGACGUCGUCAAGUUAAUCUCUGAAGCACUGAACCUCUUUGACGUCCACGGCGUAGAAACUGUGCAGAAUUCAGAAGUAGAAUGUUGGAUAAAGGACCUUUGGACCAAAAUCAUCUUGCCGAGAUGGGGAAGCAACUUGUGUGCAUUUGAAAACCUCCCAAUUUUCCUGGCAUGUCAGCGUGACGCAACUCUACGUUUGGUAAGUUUAAAAGACUUAAUUAUGAUUGCCCCUGAUAUUGAAGACAAAAGAAAAGAAGAAUGUAUUGACCAAUCAUUUUGUUUAUUUGGCGUUAUCGUCAUUUAUAAGUUACCAGAUUGGUGUAACGAUGCUCGUAUCAGAAGUUACGUUCUACCCAAUACAUCUCAUGGCAUUAUGUCUGCCAUGGAAAGUGUAAGUGUUGAGCGAACCCAAAAGUUUAAUGAAGAUUCGACAGAUUGUCAAAAAGACUGUUUACGGGAAUUUCUUUCUGAAGUAUUCGAAAACAAAACCAUAUCAAUUGAUUGUCAGUCAAUGUUGAAACGUUUGAACAUUUUUAUUAAGUCCGACCAAAAGAAACCGGAGCAUACUUUAGCACAGUUUUCUAGCGACGUAUAUUUCAUUGACAGUUUCCCUGUUGAAUUUCCUAUGCCUGUGUUAUUGGCAAACUCAAAAGCUGAAUUAUGCCUUCUGAAAGCAUUGAGAAAAAAAGCAAAAACAACGAAAGAUAUGAUAGUGCUUGCACUGCAACAGAAGGAACACUACAGUACCGACGCUCUUCAGAAGCUAAUGUUUUGGUUGCUGAAUAAUUCACUUUAUAUAGAAGACGACACAAUCUUGAUGCUAUCUAAGCAAACGGCAUUCCUGACGACAGAUGAAAAUAUGACUUGUAAAGCAUGCGAACUAUUUGAUCCCAGCGAUGAGGUGCUCAAGAAUAUUUUCCUUGCAGAAUCAGUGUUUCCUGUUUUCGAAGAAAACUUUAACAGUUGUACUUUAAGUAAUUUGUUUCGGAUCGGUUUAAAAAGAGCAACUGACAUCAGGAAGGAAAACAUACUAACGUCAAUUGAACGGGUAGAAUGUUUGGCCCUAGAAAACUUUGAAAUGGCGAGGCGCAAGUCAAAGAGUCUUAUGACGUUUUUGAAUGAGCACAUUGACUUAGUUCCAGUGAAAGAAAGCAAGUAUAAACACUGGAUAGUUGUAGAUUUUAAUGAUGAAAGCUAUCCGCAAAAUAUGCCGCUAAAAUCUCGCGUAUCCACCAAUUUGGUGUCUCCUGAUUCUAUUGUAUCCUCCAAAUGGGUAUAUACUGUUGGGUCUGUCACUAACGUCUACAACUGCAAGGACUUGCCAGAGCUUGCCAACGUUUACAACUGGAACAACACUCCAAAAUGUACGAAGGUUAUUGACCAUCUUUCCAACGUAAUUAGUGUAUUUCAGCCUCAGAACAAAACAGAGUGUUUAAAAAUGAUAACUGAUAUCUACAAACAUUUGUCCGAGCUAUCGAUGGAAAAUGAUGAUGUUUUCGAUGAAAUGAAGCAGAAUUGGGACCAGACAUUUAACAAUGGCCUGGCGGCAUGUGUAUGGAAUGGAUCAGAUUUUUCCCCAAUUUCAAAUAUUUACAUUGAGUCGCAGGAGGGUGAUGUAAAUUUGCAUCAUUACAUGAGACUGUUACCAAGUGAAAUGAUGGAUGUGAGUGAAUUUUGCCUAAGACUUGGUUGCCAACCAAGGUUAGGGCUCGAAACUUAUUUAAAGGUGUUAGCAGAAAUCGAUACUGAUAGUGUGAACGGUACACUGAGAGGCCAAAGCGAGACUCUAAAGAUAGCAAUUGAUAUUUUGAAUACCAUUAAUGAAAAAUAUUUCGAAGAGACUGAUGACGAUUCUGUCAGGGAACGAUUGCUUUUUCCGAUCGAUACACCGGACCAAAUCGUUUUGCAACCCGUCUCAAAAUGUGCAUUGGACGAUCUCGGAAGUAACUUCGACGACAAUCCCUUCAACGACGACGAAGAUAUUUAUUUUAUAAAUCCGAAAGUUCCAGAUUUAACGGCCAAAGCACUUGGGGUCCGAUCGGCUAUGCAACAGUUGCUGUCCUCAAGUGAUGCAUUUGAAGAGUGGGGACAAGAAGAACCUCUGACACGACGAAUACAUAUGCUGUUACAAGAGGGCUACAUCGAAGGCCUGGCAAUAGCAAAGGAACUUUUGCAAAACGCUGACGAUGCUGGUGCAAGCAAGCUGUUUAUACUCUAUGACCAACGGACGAAUGACGACCUUAAGAGUAAGCUGUUAAGUCCGGAACUGAAACAGUUUCAAGGUCCAGCGCUAUGGGCGUUCAAUGAUGCAGUUUUCAGCGAAAAGGAUUUCAAAAAUAUAACGAAAUUGGGUGGAGCUACUAAAGAAACAGAUGCGUCUAAAAUUGGAAAAUUUGGACUUGGGUUUUGUUCAGUGUAUAAUGUCACAGAUGUGCCAAGCUUUGUUUCUAGAGACAGUUUCGUCAUGUUUGAUCCUCAUAUGACACACCUGAGUAAAGCCUUGCCUGGUAAAAACCCAGAAAUAAGAAUAAACUUUCAAAAUGAAAGAAACAAGCGAACACUACAGAGGUUAAAACAUCAGUUUCAGGUGUUCGAUGAUAUUUUUGGUUGCAACCUUACGGGUGCUAGUAACCCGUUCUUCAACGGAACGUUGUUUCGCUUACCUCUUAGAGUAAGAGGGAGUGAAAUUAGUGAUAAGAUCUACUUUAAAGAAAACAUAACAGAGCUGCUCGGGAUAGUGAUACAAAUGGCACCCAACAUGUUCCUCUUCAACCAGAAUGUAAAUGAACUAAAGAUAUUUCAUCUAAAUCAAUCUGAAACACCAGGUGAAAUGAAAUUGGUGUACGAAUUACAAAAGGAUCAAGCUUGCCUGAUUCCAAAAUCACUUGGAAAUAUUGGUUUUGUUCAGGAAACAAUUAGACGAAAGCAGAACAACGAUCUCAAGUCUAAUCCACUGAGAGCAAUGCAGAAAAUUUCCGUUUCAUAUCAGUCCCACAAGAAUAUACCAAUUGGUACUCGAAACCAUACAGCAGAUAAAGAAUGGUUCGUGUCGUGAGCAACUGG